AAACACGCUUUUAUAAAUAACUCGAUGUCGUGCGCGCGUCGACGACGGCGCUCGCUCGGCGCUCAGCUCGCCGCUCGCAGGCAGCUUAAGUCGGAUCCCGGAGUCGUAAACAUGCUACUCGAAGCCGUCGCGUCGCACCCGCGAGCCGUAUCGCAUAAUGUGCGCGCCGAGCUCUGAUAAGACGCGUGACCGUGUGUGUGAACUGCGAUGUGAGCAUGGAACCGACAACGGACACCACCAGCUCCACCAGCAGUGGCGGCGGCGCCGGAGGGGGCGGCACAUUCGAUAGCAUAGUCGUGACCACGCAUGACCUGCAGGACUGCUUCGACGAGAGUCUGGAUGCUUGUUUCAGUACGGUAUUCGAACAAUCACCCGUGAUCAACUUCAGUCGGCACGCGCAGGAUGAUGAGCGACCUGAGAAUUCGACGUACUUGGGCAAAUUGCACGCGCAGGACGAAAGCGCUGGCUACAUCCAUCACACAAUAUCGCCGAAUGAGAUUUACAUGCACAUCAAUCCGGGUGAUUCCGGUUUUAUGCCGGAUGAGCCCUCGCAUGCCACCAUCACCAUUCACAGUACCAAUCCGGAAACCAAAGAGACCACCGUCAAUCGCUUCAAUUGCGAAUAUGAUGGCUGCCUGCGCACUUACAGCACUGUAGGCAAUCUGCGGACGCACAUGAAAACACACAAAGGAGAAUUCCGAUUUAAAUGUUCGGAUCCCAGUUGUGGGAAGGCGUUCCUCACUUCGUACAGUCUGAAAGUCCACGUGCGGGUACACACCAAGGUCAAACCCUUCGAGUGCACGCAUAAUGGCUGCGAGAAGGCUUUCAACACGCUUUACCGGUUGCGCGCGCAUGAAAGGUUACACAAUGGUAGAACUUUUAAUUGCGACUCAGGGGGAUGUAUGAAGUUUUUUACAACUCUCAGUGAUCUCAAGAAACACAUCAGGACGCAUACCAAGGAAAGGCCUUACAAAUGUGCUGAAGAAGGAUGUGGAAAAGCGUUCACCGCCAGCCAUCAUCUUAAGACACAUCUGCGCACGCACAGCGGGGAACGUCCCUACGCAUGUGCUGCUAAUGAUUGCACGCGUGCUUUUGCCACUCAACAUAGUUUAAAAUCCCACAUUAAAACGCACCUUAAAAGCAAACACGCAAAGGACGAUCCCGAACAAGUAGACAAUCCGAAUCCAGAUAAUGAAAAGCAGGAUAGUGGUGGAUUAACGGAAACAGAAGGAGUCAAUUGGAAUGAUAAUAACGAGCUUGCGGAGUUCCAAUCUUACGUGACGCAGCCAAACGACGACAUCUACCUGGAAAACCAACAAUAUGUGUCAGCAAUCGAAAAAGAUCUCACCACAGACUAUGAAAUUGCCAACAGACUCAAAAAUUACGCGACUGUGAAUACAGCUGAGCCGGUAGCAACGCAUUUGCCGUAUAAUUUAGGCACCGAAGGUGUUGAAAACGAGGAAACCAUAAAAGAUACUCAAAUGGAGCUGAAUGAAAACUCCAUUAUCACUGAGAUUGAAAAUGCCGGCCUGGAUCUAUACAAUUUGAAAACGUGUGACUACUCAGCGGAUGCUGAGCUCAGUUUGAACAAACAGUUGUAUAUGCCAGAAGCGUUAGAGAUGUCCCUGGUAACAGAGGAGGAAACUCCUUCCACUUGGAUUGAUGCCAUGAAACUACUCAACACUGAUCCUGUGAAUAUUUAUGAGUCUAUCAACGAGUCCCCGAUUGCUUUGCCCACCGCCAUUCAGACUUAUAUGCAUUUGGAGAAUACUCCACUGGUCCCACAGAUGAAAGCGCCUAAUAGUGACGUCAAUCUGUUGAAAAACCUUACAGCCGACGCGGAUAUUUGCAAAUGCGUCGACUGUAAAUGCGGGCCGUUUAAUAAUUGCCAAGGGAAUGAUGAGAGUGGAUGUUGUGGUGGCAAAAAAUCAUCAACAGCAACAACAACUGGUAAUAACACAUACGAAACGUACUUAGAACAACCGGUAGCGCCAUCUACAACACAACAAAAUACUAGCUGUUGUGGCAGUAGUAAAAGUAAUGAACCACCGACAACUGCUCCUAUUGUGUUAGAAAAAGGAUGCUGCGGGAACAAAACACAAACAAAUCCAGUGCAGCCAACGACCCAUCCACCAUCAUCGGAUUGUUGUGUAGUUGUGUGUCUUAAAUCCUUAGAACAACUAAAGGACAUGCUCACGAAAGCAAAAGGAUGCGGUGCGUUUGAAAAAUUGACAAUCGGUUGCGUGCCAAGCGAACUAUGCGCAGUAAAAAAAUGCUGCACAACAUUUCAGAGUGAUAUUAUAAAGAAAGUUCCAAAGUGGACAUGUAAAAUGUGCAAUGAGAAGCAAAGUUUGCAAAAAGUUUAUUUCAUUGGAAGUGGUAAAGAGUGUAGAAAAGUCACUCAGGAACUAAACAUGAGAAAAUUUGUACACAAAAAUCUCCAACCUUCAACAGAAAUAAAACAAGAAUCAAAUGAAUUAGAUGUAGAUUGUCAAAUUGAAGUCCCAUUAACAGAAAGUGAAGUUUUAGAACCAAGUAAAUGGAAUCAGGUGUUAGAAAUGUAUAAAGAAGUUGAAGACGAUGUUAAUUACACAUACCCCAUUUGUGGAAUCUGUGGUGAGCCACAUGAAGCGUCCGACUGUGAUAUCGUUAGUUUAAAGGCGACAAUAAGCGACACGCCAGUAUUAUCUAAAGCGCGUCAGUCGCUCCCUGCUAGCCUGCAGCUGGUUUCCAUGGCAGAUGGAAGCCAUUCCAUCAUCACCAGUGAUUUAAUCUCAAAAGGCACCAGGUUUGGCCCCUAUGAGGCCAAAGAGCAAUUCUCCAUUUCACCCUCGGUGGUGAUGCCAUUGAAAGUGUUCAAAAACGGCGACGACGCCGACGACAACUACUUCAAGGAGUAUUAUUUGAACACAACCAAUGAGUAUGAGUGCAACUGGAUGUUCUUUGUUAGCAGGGCAAGUUGCUUGAGUGAGCAGAACUUGCUCUGUUUUCAGGAUGCAGGACAAAUUUUUUAUAUCUCUAUGAAAGAUAUAGCUCCUAGAGAGCAUUUGAGGGUGUGGUAUGCACCUUAUUAUGGUAAAUUGAUGAAGAUGGGCUCAUUUAUGGAAGCUCUAGAGGAGCCAGUGGAAAAUCUACCUGUCAAUCCUGUUGAAUUGAGUGCUUUGAUGAAAAAGCAGCAGAAUAUCAGGGAUAGGAAGACCUGGAUUUGUAAAUUUUGUGGCAUACAUGAGGAGAAUAUUCCUACUUUUGCUCUGCACAUUAGUGAACAUUACACUGCAAAGUUGCGGAAGUGUUGUGAACUUUGUGAUGCCAAAUUUCAAACAACAAAGGCUUUAAACAAGCACAUAUUUCUCCAACACAACGACUCUUUCAAUCACGCGAAACUCUCACUUGACCCAACUAGCAAGCAAUCAACGCACACUAAUCACGAGAGCAGCCAACUGGACCCGCUGCUCAAUGAUGUGCCCGGCGACAAUGUCCUCCUUGAACAUCUCAACUUCCAGGAUGGUACUAGCAUGCCAAACGACACGCUUCAUCUAAACGUUGAAAAUAUCCUCAAUGAGGAUGAGAACUUCAACUUUGAAAUGCCGAAAGACAUCGACCCAGAAAAGUUUGUAUGCGAUAUUUGUCUUAAAGAGUUCGCUAAGCUCAAGUUGCUCAUUGUGCAUCUCAAUGCACACACGGGUAAAUUCACGUGCCAGCGUUGCAUGCGCGUGUUCACGCGUAAAGAGAACUUUGUUGCGCACAAGUGCUUAAACAAUACGUCGACGACGGAGAAUCAAUGCACCGUUUGCCAUAAGAUGUUCACGCUGAACAAGUACCUAAAGCGGCACAUGAGCCGUGCUCAUGGCCCGAAUUUGCGCUGCACGAGUGAAUGCAAGAAAUUAUUUGGUUCGAAAGAAGCGCUUGAUUCGCACACGUGUAGUGAGAUUGUCGCAAAGUCUGCGGCUGCGCCACAACAAUCCUAUACGUGUCACUUGUGUUCGAAAAUUUUCGGCAAUCAGCGGAAUCUAACGCGACAUUUGAAAACGCACGAGAAGAAUAAUUCGGCGUCGCCAUCGCAUAUCUGCGAGAUGUGUUCGAAGCAGUUUAGUAAUAUGAAAGCAUUGCGUCAACAUUUAAACACACAUAAAGAGCCGGAGUUUGUGUGCAUGCUCUGCGAGAAGAGUUUUCAACGAAAAGCUAACUUUUUGGAGCAUAUGGAGUUGCAUAAGAACGAUUCUCCACAUUUAUGUCAUAUCUGCGACGCGAAGUUCACGCAAAAGAAAUUCCUUACCCAACAUCUCCUUUCACACACAGACGAGUUGACAUAUACGUGCAAUGAAUGUCCGCAGCGUUUUCGACAGAAGUCGAAUCUAACCAAGCACAUCGCUACGAGCCACGUGCGUGAAUGUCGCGAAUGCGGACUUACAUUUGCUACGUCGGACGAGUGUCGUUCACACGCCAACACUUCGCACUCGGGGCGUUAUGAGUGCCCGGUGUGUAAAAUCCGCGUGAAGUUGCGUAGCUCGUUGAAGCGGCAUGUCAAACAGAAACACACACCUGAUGAAUACGACGCGACCAACUUUGAUGAGUAUAUAAACGAAAUCGAUAAGAAGUACAAAGAAGCCGCCAUUGCGAACGUCGCCAACCCAUCAGUUGAACCAAUUCAAGGGACAAAACCUAGCCCAAAAAAGAAAAAAGUGAAGCUAUCACUGAAAAAGAAGAAAAAGGUCGAAGUGCUCUCGGAUGUGGUUGUAGCAUCAUCGCAGAUAGUUAGUGAUGGUGCUAGUACAAGUAGUACAAGUUUAGUUCAAGUACAAAACGACGAGAAAAUGGCGGAAGGGAGUCAGGAGGAAGCAGAGAUGCUUAACCUGUUGCAAGCAGACAAUGCUGAAGUCAUGCGCGACAUGGCGAGCAGUUUACAGCUGGACGAAAUUGUGAAUGUCCUCGGCGGCGCACCUAAACCUGUAGGUGGUCAGGUCGCAGUGAAUUCGUUAGAUUACGGGCACAUAGCAAUGGAGUUUGAGAAUAAUUUUGUUAGUAAGGCUGGAGAGAUUGGCAUGACUCAUACCUUUGACGGUGAAUCGGUGUGUUUGUCAAUGCCGGAGUUAAACGAACACGGACAACCGAUUUCAAUAGGUGGUGAAAAUAUUCAAUCGUCAUUCAUCUUGGAAAACGCAUCGAUAAAUGGACCUGUGGAACAAGUCGUGUUAUACAUUUUAGAUCAGAAGCCCAGUUAGUGAAAACAGCCGCUUCUUGAGAUCUUGAGGUAAAUCCUUUUCUUGUGUAUAUACGAGGUUGUUAUGCAAUUCCAAAAUUGAUGUGAUACUUGUUAGUUAUCAAGAAAUUGCGUUCAUUUCCUAUUUUAUAUUAUAUAUAUAUAUAAAUAUUUUAGUGUACAUAGAGUAAACGGAUGAAUAAAUGUAUUUUAUUUA